CGCUUGAGCACAUAGUAGCCAUUAUUCAAAAUCAAUACCUUAAAAAGCAGAAUCCAGCAUUAAUUUAAUUUGUUUUUUUCUGUUUUUCUUUGUCAUUUAUAUUUUCACUUUAAAUGGAAUUCCAUACGUGCUACUGAACUCGAUUUUCAUCGAUUUAUAACUUGACGUAUGCUACUGCUUGAUGGAAAUUCGAAUUAUGCAGAACGUCUAAGCGAUGAAAGGGUUCGCGCAUUAUUGAGUUCGCCAAAGUUACUGCGAGAUUAUGAAGCGAAGCUGGAUGCGAAACGUCGUAAUAGCUUGCCAAUUGGACAUGAACGUCCGGUACUCCGAGCCCGCAAGCAAAAACAUCGUAGUGUCAGCGCAGAUACCCAGUUAACUACAACGUCGGCACGCAGCAGCAGUUUCGAUAGAUCUCACACACUGAAUCGAGGCAGCUCGACAAGCCCCAGCAGCGGCUAUGAUAGUCACUCUGAAAGCGGUACUUCUAUGCAUAUCGAUCAGAAAAGCAGUUAUUAUAACACACCGCGUUCACGUGUCUUCACAAAUGCCAUAAAUGCAUUAAGCGAAGGGACUAAAACGGGUAAUAAACGUGCUAAAUAUGAGUCUGCUAAUUCUCUAGAAGAGUCAAAAGCUGAAGGAACACGUAUUACAAAGCGACAAAAAUUUAAUCAAUUCAAAGAGAACGGCGAAUAUGUAGUGGAGCGCAUAGAAUCGAUUGAGUCGUUUAAUGGCAAUCCCAUUUUUUUUGUCAAGUGGUUUGGUUAUCCUCCUGAAACCAAUACUUGGGAGUCUCUUGACAAUGUUAUGGAAUGUGCACUAUUUGAACCAUUCAUAGAAUCACUAUACACUAGGUUUGAGAUUAUUAUUUCCACAAUGACUACGGAAAUUGAAGCGGAAAUUGCAGAAAAAAGCCUAGUAUUUGAUAUAACCACUUUAAAAGUAAACGAUUUGGAUAAAUAUGAUCCUUUUAUAUUGAAAGCAGACUUAAUAUUACUUGCGCAAUUCCGUGUAUGCCGAUCUCGGAGCCAGCGUGAGCAGGAAAAAAUACGAAAGAGAGUCAUUAAUAUGAUGCUCAUGAAGCCUGUCUAUUAUCGACGUAAGCAGCAAUUAAUUGGUUUGCGAACCUUUCAAGAGCGUAUGAACCAAGUAGAACAAGCAGCACCGAUAACAGUAGAGAACGUGGUUGACUUGGAGAUGAUUGAUUCAGCAUUUAAAUACGUUAAGGAAAGCUUCGCAGGAAAAAACGUCAAAAUGCAAGACGAUCCCCCAAUAGGUUGUAAAUGUGAAAAUGAAUGUGCACCAUUAUCUUCGUGCUGUGCACGUAUGGCAGAUAGCUAUUUUGCUUAUGAUAAGGCGGGUCGUCUUCGUAUACGACCAGGAGAGGCCAUCUAUGAAUGUAACAGUAGAUGUGUGUGCAAUGAAGAAUGUGUAAAUCGCGUUAUACAACGUGGACGGAGCAACAAAUUAUGUAUAUUUCGUACUUCUAACGGAUGCGGUUGGGGUGUUCGGACCGAAAAGCCUGUACGGAAGGGGGAGUACGUAUGUGAAUACGUUGGAGAGAUAAUUACUAGUGAGGAGGCGAAUGAUCGCGGUCAAACAUAUGAUGCCAUUGGACGAACUUAUCUCUUCGAUUUGGAUUACAAUACAUCCGGAGAGAGUGUUUAUACAAUUGACGCUGCUUUAUACGGCAAUGUUUCGCAUUUUAUAAAUCAUUCGUGCAAUCCAAAUCUAGCUGUAUUUCCAUUCUGGAUCAACAAUCUGGAUAUUAACAUGCCUCGUUUAGCCUUCUUCUCGUUGCGACCGAUAAAGGCAGGAGAGGAAUUAACUUUCGAUUAUGUGCGCACAGACUAUGAAAAUUUAUCGGCUGCGGAAAAGGUCUCAUGUCGAUGUGGCGCAGAGAACUGUCGUAAAGUUUUGUUUUAACCAGAUGAAAAAUUGAUAAAAUUCUUUAUCCUUUUAUAAAAUUUUAAAAACAAAAUUAUUAUAUAACUAAAAAAACUGUAAAACGUUGAUUGAAGAGGAGUAAACAAACUGAUGAGGGAAUUAAUUUAUAUUAAAUUUUACUCGAUUAUCGAUUUUGUGGAAAAGUUGAUAUUUCCUUCGUAGUAAGGAGGAUCAUAAACCUAAAUUUCCAAUGUUCACUGGUAUUCAUUGUUUAAACGCAUUUUAUUUACAAAAGCAUUCACCUAUUUUAAUCCAUACAUUUAAAAAAGAAAUAACAAUGUUCUAUAUUUAAGUAUUAUAGCAUAAAGCUUGAUAUUCACUGCCUUUAAGGUGUGGUUAAUAUUUUCUGAAUGUUUAUAAAUUUUACUAUUGCCAACCUUAAAUGUAAAAUCAAUAAUAAUUAUUAAGAGUAUUUUUAAA